GUAAAAUCCGGUUCAUGUACGACAGUCGGUAUAAUUUUACAGGAUUAAUUUCUCCAACGAAUCGUCGCUGUAUACACCUGUUGACAGUUGUUGCGUAAACGGCAGAUUGCGAAUGAUAGAAUAACGCAAAGGAAGGGCCAGCAUGCUUCUGUCCGUUGACAUUGACAGGGGUUGGGCGUGGCUUGUUGCCGUGGCCUCGUUCCUGAUGCACGUGCUCAUGUACGGGGUUGCCUGGUCGACGGGAAUCUACAACGCGAUCUUGCUGGACUAUUUCCACGAGAGCGCUGCCACGAUAGCGUGGGCGGGGUCACUGACGCCAGCCAGCAUGUACGCCGUUGGUCCGCUAGCAGGCGUCCUGACCAAUCGUUUUGGGUGUAGACUGACCAUCCUGGUGGGUGGAGCAAUAUCCAGCUUUGGCCUGAUGAUCAGUUUCUUUGCACCCAAUAUCUACUUCCUGUAUUUUUCCUUCGGUAUCGUAACAGGUAUUGGACUUGGAAUUUCGUUCGUACCCGCCGUCACGUGCGUCGCUCAUUACUUCGAAAAAUACAGAAACUUCGCCACGGGACUGGCCGUCAGCGGCGUGGGAGUGGGCACGUUCCUUUUCCCGCCAUUAAUAACUAUCCUAUCCCACAAGUACACGUGGCGCGGUUCUAUGUUGAUUCUCGGUGCUCUGACGUUGAACGUCUGUCUCUGUGGGACGCUAGUCCGACCGUUACCGUCACCCAGACAGGACUUCCGGCGAGAGAAGCCGGCCGCCUUUGACCUGACCGUCUUCAAGAAAGCCGGCUAUUUGCUGGUGUGUCUGAACAAUAUACUCAUCUGCUUCGGCUUGUCAAUCGUGUACCUACACCUCACGGCGUUUGCCGAGGCCAGCGGGAUGUCCGACCAGGACGGCGCCAUGCUGAUAUCCGUGAUAGGUAUAGCCAAUCUCGUGGGUAGGUUUGUAAUCGGAGCCCUAGGGAGCCAUCCCAGACUGAACGUCUUUCUUUUAUACUCGCUGUCCUUCAUGAUAAGUGGGACGGCCGCGGCGUUCUUCCCGGUGCUGCACAUGUCCUUCCCGGCCAUGAUCGUACUCUCUGUGAUGUUCGGAUUCUUUACUGCUAGCUUCGGUGCUCUGCUUCCCGCCUUGUUGAUCGAGAUACUUGGACUCGACCGAUUGGCCAGCGCUUACGGUUACCUCCUGCUCUUCAUGGCUGUUGGCCAGAUGCUUGGUGGUCCAAUAGCAGGAUUUAUUUACGAUAAAACCGGAUCGUACAACUCCUCGUUCUAUGUCGGGGGAGCAGUCAUUGUCUCCAGCGGUAUUAUGAUAUUCUUCCUGUCCUUUCGGAAGCGGAAGCCAUUCGAGUUACCCACAAGGAACAUUGAUGCUGCUGACUGUGACGAAAAAGAGCCACUUCCGGCAUGAGAAAACUCGAACAAGAAAACAAGAAAAAAAAAACCGGAAACCCACUUUGCGUCCAUCAAUAAGCUUAAAUGCGUGCACUACAUUUGUCGAUCUAUAUAUUUACUAUUAGACAAUAUCCACAAUACGCCAUGUGAUAACUGAAAUACAUACAUACAUGUGUAUGCACUAGUGUUUGAAGCUCGAGUCACCUCUAGCCCUCCCCUUAUUGAUAUGUUGUAGAGGAAGGCUAGAGAAAAUUGUGUGUAAUAGCUCGAGUCACCUCUAGCCCUCUUAUUGAUAUGUUGUAGGAGAGGGCUAGAGAGAUGGCUGUGCGUUUGAAGCUCGAGUGACCUAUAGCCCUCCCCUUAUUGAUAUGUUGUAGGAGAGGGCUAGAGAUGACUGUGUGUAAUACUGUGUCUAAAAUACAUUUGUGUUUCCUAAAUCUGAUACCACACAGCUUUAGUUUGAAUAUCUGCGACAAACAAUUACAUCUGUCGCUAUUGUUACUGUUGGUAUUCCCCACCUGAGGUGUUUGAGUCGGAGGAUCGAACCACCUCUGUGGAUCCAUUCAGCUGAUUCGGUUUUUCUCGUUCCACCCAGUGCACCACAACUGGUCAAAGGCCGUAGUAUGUGUCUUCCUGUCUGUGGGAAAGUGCAUAUAAAA